AUGGCUAUCCGCUCAAUGAAGUUCACACCUGAGGUCCUUCUCGGCGCCCCUAGGCGUUCCUCGGCUGUUCCCAAUGCGGCAGGCACCCUUGCAGUCUAUACCCAGACAUCUUAUUCCUUCGAGUCACAUUCCAAGACCAAUGAGAUCCGAAUCAUCGAGAUUCAAAGUGGUCGAUCUGCCUUGAUUACAAAUGACCCCGGUGCAAGUAAUCCCCAGUGGCUUGGAGCUGAUGAUCAGCUGGUUUGGCUGAAGACUAAGACCAAUGGCAACACCAGCUUUAUCGUUGGCGAUGCGCGCGAAGCUGAUAAGACAUACACUGCGGGAACUGUACCGGGUCCAGUCUCGGACUUGAAAGUCACUCUCAUUGAACCGGGCAAGAUUGGUUUUGCUGUCACCGGAAAGGCCAAUCUCGAUGGUUCCCUCUAUAAUCCCCAAGAUGCGAAGAAACCCCACACAACUGGUCGCUUGUAUACUUCGCUUUUCGUCCGACAUUGGGAUGCCUAUGUCGAUCCUCAGAAAAACUCGAUUUUUUAUGGACUUCUUGAGCAAGCCCCCUUAUCACCUGCCCGCAGGCAGGCUGGGAAAUACUCGGUUUCCGGCCUUACGAACCUGAUCUCGGUGUCGGGCCUGACGGGUGUCGAGUCUCCGAUCCCACCGUUUGGUGGCACAAGUGACUUUGACAUUAGUCCCACGGCUAUCGCAUUCGUUGCCAAGGACCCUGGCUUGAACCCUGCGACACACACUGCCUGUUCCUGCUACUAUACGCCCAUGUUUUCUUGGACCAGCAUGAGUACUUCUGAGAUCAAGACUUGCAAAGUAGCUGGUCUACAGGGAGCUAUGUCGUCACCUGUUCUGUCUUCGGACGGCAGUUCCAUUGCUUUACUGGCCAUGAAGGAAGAUGGAUACGAGUCUGAUAAGAAUCGGAUUUUGUACGUUCCGAACCCAUGGAACGGAGAAAUGAUUGAAGUGUUCGGGUCUUCUGAUGGCAAGGGACUCUGGGACCUGAGUCCCUCUGCCCUCUCGUUUGCGCAUGAUGACAAGUCGCUCCUCAUUCAGACCGAGGAAAGGGGACGCGGUGUCGUCUACCAGCUUCCUUUAGAAAACAUUCGGAAGGCCACAACUGGUUCAUUGAAGAGACUCACCCGGUCGGGAUACGUAAAUGACGUGGUCUCCGCGGCUGCGGGCUCCUCCAAAUUAUUCAUCUCCAGCAGCAGUUUAGUGGACAACAGUGUAUGGUCAAUCAUCGACCCGUCAAGCCCUGAUCAAGUCCAGAUUGUUUCGUCGAGUGCUCGUGGAGGGUCAGCAUUUGGCCUUUCAGCAGCCCAGGUAGAUGAGAUCUGGUUCCAAGGAGCUGGAAAUUACCAAGUCCAUGCUUGGGUCGUGAAGCCUUCCGAUUUCAAGCCGGGUCAGAAGUACCCUCUGGCCUAUCUGAUCCACGGUGGCCCCCAGGGAGCAUGGAACGAUCAAUGGAGUACCCGCUGGAAUCCUGCCGUCUUCGCGGAGCAAGGUUAUGUUGUCAUUACACCCAAUCCAACCGGUAGCACUGGGUACGGACAGACUUUUACGGAUGGAAUUAAGGGCCAAUGGGGAGGCCGACCUUAUGAGGACUUGGUCAAGGGCUUUGAGUAUAUUCAACAGAAUCUCGCAUACGUUGACACCACGCGAGCUGUCGCCCUGGGUGCCUCAUACGGUGGAUAUAUGAUGAACUGGAUCCAAGGACACCCUCUUGGCCGCAAGUUCAAGGCACUGGUCACUCAUGAUGGCGUUUUCAGCAUGACGGGACAAUUGGCUAGCGAAGAGCAAUAUUUCCCCCUCCAUGACCUUGAAGCGCCGAUCUGGAAAAAGCCUGAGAACUGGGCUAAAUGGGACCCAUCGCGCUUUACGGCAAACUGGCAAACACCUCACCUCAUUAUCCACAAUGAACUCGAUUAUCGGUUGACAAUCGCCGAGGGCCUGGCAGCUUUCAACGUGUUGCAGAUGCGCGGCAUUGACAGCGCCUUCUUGACGUUCCCUGAUGAGAACCACUGGGUCCUGAAUCCUGAGAAUUCUCUUAUGUGGCAUAAGACUGUGUUCAACUUUAUCAACAAGUACACCGGUCUGCCUCAGGUCUCUGAUGAACCUGAUUUGUCAGACAUUGGGGCCUUGGUCCUCUAA